AUGUUUCGAACAACGCUGCGAUGUUUUGUUGCGCUCUCUCUCUCCGCCACGUGCGUACUAAGUGACAGAUGCAUCAGAUUCACGUUCGAAGAUGCCGAGGAAUUCCAGUCGUUGUUCAGUAACGAAGUCGGAAUAUGCGGAGGUAUGCAAUUUUGGGAUGUCGAAACCUACGAAUCGGUGCCGAUGGAGAGCUUCCACGAGGCAGGGCGGAGUUUCGUUAGCCCGAGAACGAUACUGAGCUGCGUAUCGUCGUUCUUCUUUCAAAUGAGAGCCGGGGGUAUUGUAGAAGUGAAUAUCUUUAUGGACGGAGCGUCGAAUUCGGAUCAGAUCAAUUUGCUCGCGAAUCAGCACGUGCCUGGAGGGAACGACGCGGUCGUGGGGUCCGCUAGUAACACUCCCCAGAAUUCAGCGGCCUUUGUACGCGGAUGGCACACGUUUAGAAUACGAUUGAUUGGAACCGGCUCUUACGAAGGAUACAUAACAUUGAUGGGAAUGAAGUCUACUCAUUCGAGGGUAUUGGUUGAUUCGUUCCGUUAUAUCCCUCCCGAUAUGGCUGAGAGCGCAUGCACAUUUUAUGAAGAAGACAUGACUACUACUACUUUAUUACCAGAGUCAACAACAACUUUCGAACCAACUACUGAGGAACCAACUACUGAGGAACCAACUACUGAAGAGCCUACUACCACAGAGCCGACAACAGAAGAAUCUACUACUGAAGAACCUACUACCACAGAGCCGACUACCGAAGAGCCUACCACUUUAGAACCAACUACUGAAGGAUCUACCACAUUGGAACCAACUACUGAAGAAUCUACCACCAUGGAACCGACUACUGAAGAGCCAACUACUGUAGAACCUACCACAUUGGAACCAACUACUGAAGAAUCUACCACCAUAGAACCGACUACUGAAGAGCCUACUACCAUAGGGCCCACUACUAUAGAACCUACUACCAUAGAACCGACUACUGAAGAACCUACCACUGUAGAACCAACUACUGAAGAACCUACCACAUUAGAACCAACUACUGAAGAACCUACCACUUUAGAACCAACUACUGAAGAAUCUACCACCGUUGAACUAACUACUGCCGAGCCUUCGACAGUUGCACCAACCACUGAAGAACCUACUACAUUAGAACCAACUACUGAAGAAUCUACUACCAUAGAACCGACUUCUGAAGAACCUACCACUUUAGAACCAACUACUGAAGAAUCUACUACCGUUGAACCAACUACUGCCGAGCCUUCGACAGUUGCACCAACCACUGAAGAACCUACCACAUUAGAACCAACUACUGAAGAAUCUACUUCCAUAGAACCGACCACUGAAGAGCCUACUACCAUAGAGCCUACUACCAUAGAGCCUACUACCAUAGAGCCCACUACCAUAGAGCCCACUACUAUAGAACCUACUACCAUAGAACCGACUACUGAAGAACCUACCACUGUAGAACCGACUACUGAAGAACCUACCACAUUAGAACCAACUACUGAAGAAUCUACUACCGUUGAACCAACUACUGCAGAGCCUUCUACAGUUGAACCAACUACUGAAGUUCCAACUACCGAGGAACCUACCACCGAACAGCCUAUAACAACUAUUGAACCUACGACUAUUAAACCAACUACAGAAGAAGCUACAACUAUUGGGCUGACAACAAAUGAACCAACAACUGAAGAGGCAACUACUGCUCAUCCGACGACAGCAAUGCCCACCACUAGUCCAACUGUGAGCCCAGAAACAACGGCACCACCUAUUGAACCGAUUACAACAGAACCCUACCCCACGGAACCCGAACUGACCACAGAAGGAGACGAUCAAGGAACAUCUCCAAGCAGCAUUGAAACAACGACACCAAGCAGCAUUGAAACAACGACACCAAGCAGCAUUGAAACAACGACACCAAGCAACAUUGAAACAACGACACCAAGCAACAUUAAAACAACGACACCAAGCAACAUUGAAACAACGACACCAAGCAACAUUAAAACAACAACACCAAACGACGAAGCCACAGAACAAACUGAUGGAACAGAAGAGCCUCCUGAGAUAGAAGAAGUACGUCCGGCAUUUUGGAAUGCCCUGACAAUAACUAUGGCUGUUUUGCUGUUCAUUUUACUGCUAGCUAUCGUAGCUGCUGUGUCAUAUGAAAUCGGUAGAAGAAGAAGAAGAUCGAAAGACAGCAUUUCAGAAAUCGACAUUGAUAUAGAGAAUCUACCGAAACCCAUUCUGCUUCCGCGGAUAUCGAAAGUUUACCCAGAUCCACCGUAUGCGAGAAGUGACCAGUUUUUAACGUGA